AGAGACAGCUGGGUCUUCUUUUUUUUGUUUGUCUCCCUCUGUCCAAGGCACAAGAGAUGGAAGAACGAUCUGUGACAAGGUCAUUGCUUCAUGGCCCAGAAAAGCUAGAGAACAAUGAUGAAUGCAGCAGCCACGAGUAUUACGGGGAUCCGAGUAGCCAGUCCUCACCUAUCACAUUAAUGGUUGUCUUCAGCACCUUCAUUUCCAUUGCCCGUUCAUAUAUUUACGGAAGUGUUGCAGCAUAUACAUCACCGGUUGAGUCUGAAAUUAUCUCUGAUCUUGACUUGUCUCUGGCAGAAUAUUCGGUCUUUGGUUCAAUGUUGACAACUGGAGGAAUAUUAGGUGCAACAUUCUCUGGUAAACUUGCUGAUCUUGCUGGUCGGAGAAGGGCUAUGUGGGCUUCAGAUUCAUUCUGCAUCAUAGGCUAGGUUGCUAUAGCGUUAUCAGAGGUUGCUUAUCUGAACUUCUUUCUUCUUCUAUAAAAUCUGUGUGUCAGUUUAAUAAAGGACGGUAAUUGGU